AUGGCUACGAAACAGUAUGACGUGAUGAGCCCGUGGAAACUUGCCCACGUUGUCCUCCGAACUACGCGCCUCACGGAAAUGGUCGACUUCUACAAAAAGUUCCUCGGCGCCCAGGUCGAGUUCGAAAAUGACCGCGCCUGCUUUCUGAAGUAUGAUGAAGAACAUCACCGGCUAGGGAUCAUCACUUUCGACGGCAUGUCAGGUGGCGAACCUUCUGCACCCGGCCUCGAGCACAUCGCGUUCACGUUCCACGAUCUGAGCGACCUCGUCAAGGUGUGGGAGCAGCGCAAGGUCUUGGGCAUCGAACCCGUGUGGUGUGUGAACCACGGCCCGACUACAAGCAUGUACUACGUGGAUCCCGACGGGAACAAGCUGGAGUCUCAAGUGGACAACUUUGACGAUCUUGAGGAGCAGCAUCGGUUCAUCUCAUCGGUCAAUUUCAUGGAGAACCCUGUGGGAACGGACUUUGACCCUGAGGACCUGAAGAGGCGGGUGGAAUCGGGAGAGGAUCACGCGUCGAUCAAGCGGCGUAUCGAGAUUGGGCCUCGUGCAUUUCCCAGAAUGGUAGGUGCAAGGCCUUGA